AUGUCUUCUCACAACUCACCUGAUGAUAUGAACAAUCAUUCCAGAAACAUCGCUGCCAGUCAGGUUCCAUUCCAAGUUCCACUUGAAGUAAAUAUUAUCCUCAUCGGUUUCAGUGGAGAUGGAGGCUAUAGAUACACAUUAAAUUCUCAAAAAUUGCAAGAGUUUCUUCAAGUUGGCUUCCCUACUCACAGGCCCUCAUGUUUGGAGACAGGUGAGCCCCUUUAUAUUGAGCAUCACAUGGUGUUUAAUGCAAUUCCAGUUGGACAGCCGGAAGUGAUAGCAUUGGAAAAGGCUCUGAAAGCAGCCAUGGUUCCUGCUGGCAUUUCCAGAGAGACUGAUUUUGGAAGGGAAGUGCCUGUAUUCGAGAUUAAUGCAACAGCUGUGGAGCCUGAAUUUCAAAAGUUAUAUUCCUAUAUGUUUUACUUUGAGAAUAUAGGAUAUUCUAUUGAAGAGAUUGACAGACCAAUGCCAACUGCAAUUUUUAUUGUGAAUUUUGAUAAGGUAUGA